CUUGUCCAACUUGCGUUAUCUGUGCUCAGUGCUCGCUCAGUGACGCUCAGUGCCCAACAUUUCAGUCAGGAGUGUGUCGGCAGUUGAUCCAGGCAGUCGGACAGAUUUGUGUGUGUGCGGUGUUUAUAAGUGACUCUAGAUCUGUGACUUUAUUCUAGAUCGUAUAGUUCAAGACCCGGUUGUUUGCUUUAAAUUUACUUGCUCAUAUUUGAGAUUUUAUCAAACGUCUUUUCUUCUUUUUAUUUUAUUUGCACUGGUAGCAGAGUUAGCAGAGCGACAGAAUGGCCACAGAGUCUCAUUCGGAAACCAGAAACUGCAUUGUUGCCAUGGACGGCAGCGAGCAUUCGGACUAUGCACUUGAUUGGUAUUGCAAGAACAUCCACCGGGAGAGCGACCAUGUGGUGCUGGUCUAUGUGCCCGAGCUCAACGAUAUGUUGCACUCCUCCAAGUGGAGCAACUCCGUGUACGUGUUUGACCGUGAGGUGAUGGAGGCUAUGCUGAAAGAAGAACAGGAGAGGAUCAAGGUGGACCUCGAGAGAUUUGCUGCCAAGCUCAAGCAGCAUGGGCUGGGAGGCAAGGUAAAGAGUGUUAUGGCCUCCAAGCCCGGGGAGGGAAUCCUGAAGGCGGUGGAGGAGGAGACAGCUGACAUGAUCAUAGUGGGCAGCCGUGGCAUGGGCACUCUGCGCCGGACCUUCGUGGGCUCCGUCAGCGACUACCUGGUCCAUCAUUCCCACGUGCCCGUGUUUGUCUGCAAGCACCCGCACAAACAUGUGCAACAAGAGGAACUUCAGCAUCUGCAGGAGCUCAAACAUGUCUAAAGUUCUUGUAAUGGGCACCCACCUCAACUCACUGUUUCUGUUGCGCUUGACAAUCCAAGCCAGGAGAAACCAAUGUUUAUGAUAAAAUAAUGUGGACAGUUGAUCCACAUAAUGGGUCAAUGAGUCUUGUAUCCUGCAACUGUAUGGAAUUCCUUUCCUUAUGAGUGUUAUUUUCACUCAAUUCACAUAAAGCUAAAUAUGUUUCAGUCUGUUCUGUUUGAACAAUUUUUUGUACUUUGCCUGCAUGUAGUUUUCUUUUCAGCAAUAUUCCUAUCCCAGAUGAAGAAAAUGUGUUAAUUGUGAGAAAGAGUUCUAAUUGUGUACAUGUAUACAGUGUGUGUCAGUGCGUUUGUAACAUUCUACAUUGUCUAAGCAUUUCUAUUGUUCACCAUUUGAGCCCUGCGUUGCCCCCCUCCUCCCCUCCCCUUCACCCCCCCACCCCCCUCCUUGAGCUGACAGGACUCAUUCACCUAAACUUUUGAGGGAAAACUCCUAGUCGUAGAUUAGCACUACUUCACACUGGGAUAUGCACUAGGUCCCUCUGGGUUAAGAAAAAAGAAUGUAAUGUAACUGGCAUAACCAGAUGGGAAAUGCCUGUCUGUGAAACAAACUGCUGUGUAUUUAGUAGCUAUUAUAAUCUUAAUGAACCUCAGAUACAUACCAUAUUCUUGGUGAUUUUUAGACAUGUGCAAAAAUCUCAUGCCAGGCAAGAGUAAAUAGGCAGGGUUUGUUUUUUUGGCAAGCGUCAAUGUAAGCAGAUUUCAUUUUGAUAAGAUUCACUUUGGGGUUUGAUGCUGAAAAAAACCCCACUAAAAACAAAAAAAACUAUAUUCUUGUAAAGAUUUCUUGAAAUUCCAAUUUGUCAGUUUGUGUGAGAGCUUUGGACACUUUUUGUCUUUAUGUGCCUUCUCUGUAGCCUUCACUCACGGUGUUAAUCCAAUGUCAGAGACAGAUUUGCUAGCUCAAUGUUUUUACUCAGGGAUGCAAAUACUACAAAUUUCAAUUUCUAAACUUGCGAUUUGAAUUACAUGAAAAAAUCUUCCACAUUUUAACAGUUUUGUUCUUAACUUUACAUUAUGUGAUUAAAUUGCUCUACACUUUACAGUCAUUGUUGAUGAUAAGACUAAAGACUUUGGUGGCAAAUGAAGUACAUGAAGUAAAACACAGGACGGAGCAGUUGAACAAGCUGAUAACAGCCUAUACUAUAAACUCAGGUGAUUUUGCACAUUUGGAUGGCUUUGCAAAAUGUUGAUGAAAAAUGUGAAUGUUAGCUCAGUACAUUGAAGUCUCUCCGGAAAUUGACUUCUUGUCAAUUCAUUCGGGAAUGAGGUUGCUACAUGGGAACCAUUUUGGUUGUGUGUGAAUUGUCAUGUAAUUCUGCCUUCUGUGAAGUACAAAAUCGUGUUUAUUCCUUGAAAUACUCAUAUGGAUAAUGGCAUGAUUGUGUUUCUUCUUCACAAAGUAAUUAGUUCGUUUUUCGUGCUAGAUACGAGUUUGUGUGUUCCACGGGGGAGACAUUCUGGCUAGACAGCUUUAUGCGUCUUGUGAAUUGGUUUUUGUAUUGUCUGUGUGUGUCAGCUUGGAUGGUUGCAACUGGCAUUCUCUGCCAUCAAUUCCCAGUUUCCUAUCCGAGUCACGCUGCCAUAUGACUGUACAGUUCAUUUCUUCUGCCAGUUGGUGACAUUAUGCUUAUGACCAUAUUUUUAUGCCUUUGGGGAGCCAUUUUGUUUUUAAAUAAGCUGUUGGUGACAGAUUCAUUUUUGCAUUUUUUGUUUUUGUAAAUGAAAUAUUAUGUGUUCACAGUUUAAGCAGCAUUUAUUCUUUGAUUAUGUUCAACAGAUCGUACCUAUUUUUUCCCCUCACUCCAAUUUAUGACUUAUACCUAUAUAAUCAGCAAAGAGAUCACUCGCUGCCUUCUGUCUUUUGUGCUGUGAUGUAUGCGCUGAAGCUCUAACAAAAUAAAGCUAUUUGCUGUUACAGUUCAUUUAAUAAAAAUUUGUAACAUUGA